AUGGAGGCACGCAAACUCAUCCCGAAAGCGCUGUCACGGCGUCGAAGCAAGUCGCUUAGAAAGGAUGGCUCCAGUGCUCCUGGCAGCCCAAACAAGGACGCCAAUAGCCUGCUAGAGCCCAGUGACGCACGCGGACGAGGACGCACAUCGACACGACACAAUGGCAGCAGCAGGGGCAGUUCGAUAAAUAGAGACUUGGGAGAAGAUGAUACUGCUGAUGCGAAAAGCUUUAGCUCCAUGGCAUCCAGCAGCACAGGCUCACAUCGCCCCUCUACCAGCGCUCAUCCAACACGCCCAGGCAUUCCAUCCGCCCAUCCUUCGUUGAUUGGCUACUUGACGACGUCAUCUCCCGCCAUUCAAGCUGCGCAUCUCGACACGUCCUCCUCAUCGACGGGCUAUCGGCAACCAUCUCCCUCUGGCCGUAGUCCCUCCGCUAAACGCACUACCAGCUCUAGCGAAGCCGCGGCCACGCAAUCGCCAGAGCUUGCCGUGCCCGCCAAAACAGCCUCGCGCUUUUCAAACCCUCCAUCCGUCAAGAUUACAACCGAAACGCCACGCACUCCGCCUUCUGGCGACAAGCCAGCCCCUACCAUCAUCAGCACCCCUCCGACUCCCGUCGAACCCUUCCAAACAAGCGCAGCAUCGUCUCCGGACAAACGCUCGCCUUGGGGUGGGAAGCUCCCUACCCGAGGCGGCUCGCCUACUCGAUCCUCUACCUUCCACCAUCGGACGAAAUCCGGAUCUAGCACCACUGUUGUACCAAGCAAACUCUCGCAUAGCACAACACUUCCCACCACGCCAACCCCCGACGCUGUCGAGAACUCCAACGCCGGUGGUGGCUUCUUCUCAUCGGUCUUCUCUGCUGCGCAGAACGCGGCAACAACACUCACUUCGAUUCCGGGCACCAACAUUAGUCUGGGUAAUAGAAAGUCAUCCUCGAUUCCAAAGUCACAGAGCUUGCCAGCAUCAUCUGAUCUAGCCGACCCCGAAUCCCAUACUGAACCCUCGCAUGACGACGAUAUGGAACGGCCUAAAGGAUCUGCUGUGCAGACGCUUGGCACGGGUGAGCUUAGCCUCAGUCAACUUGGCCUAGCUGAGCCAGGUAGCAAUGUCGUUUCCCCAGCAAGCUUGAAGUUUCCCGAAAUUGUAGAUACACGACUACGAUCAGAAUCGGCGCCUGUCGAGUCAGCCCAUGCUGAUCCUCCUGCCAUUGAGGACCUACCGGGCAGUCGACCACGUUCUCUGCUCGAUGCUCCUAGUGGCGACGAGCGGGUAUCUACGCCAGAACCCGACCCCAAGGCCGCGGGCGUACAAAGGACCUCAAGUGUCCGUAGCGCAAUGAAGUCGCACCGAGGCCGUGGCAGUUCUGUCACUACUGGUGCUAUUAUUGCCGCAGGUGUAGCUGGAGCCAUGUCUAAUACUCCAUCCCUCUCAGUACCGAAGCUCACAGGCUUUGCCAUUGCCAGCAAGAAACGAAACCGCGAUUUCCACUCUUUCUUCAAAAGUGUUCCCGACGACGAUUACCUCAUCGAAGACUAUAGCUGUGCUUUGCAGCGUGAAAUUCUCGCACAUGGGCGACUAUAUGUGUCGGAAGGUCACCUCUGCUUCAGUAGCAACAUUCUUGGCUGGACUACCACAUUGGUUAUGAGCUUUGACGAGAUUGUUUCUGUCGAAAAGAGAAGCACGGCCCUCGUGUUCAAGAACGGAUUGAUGAUCUCAACCCUACAUGCAAAGCACAUUUUUGCUAGUUUCACCAGCAGAGACGCCACAUACGAUCUGAUUGUGAAUAUCUGGAAGCUUGGACACCCGACUCUGAAGAGCAGUCUCAACGGUGUGCAGCUCGAGGGUACAGGUGGAGACAAGACUGAAAAGAUUGAUGCUGAGCCGGACGACGAGUUGGGCAUCGAUGCCAACAGUGCUGCGGGAUCUGAUUCGGAGGCGUCCAGCGAUGAGGACGACGAUGACGAGUUUUAUGAGGAGGAUGACAUGGAUGGCGCGGCCGAUACGCAGCCAACCGACGUGAGCACCAUUGAAAACGAACGAGAGAAGCCCGUAUCACGAAAGGUCUCGUCAAUGACGACCAAUGGUGCCGCUGGCGAUGCAGAGAAGGACGCCCCAGGAUCGCCUGGACUUGGCGCCGACUUUCCCGGCCCAGCUACGCAUGCUCCCACAGAUUGUGGUGAUGCAGCUUCACACUACGACAAAUUUAUGUGUGAUGAAAUCAUCCCAGCCCCCUUGGGUAAAGUAUAUCAUCUACUAUUUGGCGCAGGCUCAACUGCCUGGCUCUCAAAGUUUCUUUCUAAUGACCAGAAAUGUUGGGACAUCACUCUGGACGAGAAAAAGGGCAUCAAUCUUGACAAUAAAACCAGAACAUACACUUACAUGAAGCCGCUCCCUGGUUCGUUUGGGCCAAAGCAGACUAAGUGUGUUGUGUCUGAAACCAUUGACACUCUAGACUUUGAAAAGUCCAUUAACAUUAGCGGAUCGUCGACUACUCCUGAAGUACCGUCUGGAAACGUGUUUGCCGUCAAGACCAAAUACUGUCUGUCUUGGGCAGAGAAGAAUGCAACCCGCCUGCAAAUCAACUGCACGGUGGAGUGGUCUGGCAAGAGUUGGAUCAAAGGCAUCAUUGAGAAGAGCGUUGAGGAUGGCCAGGGUAGUUACUGCAGAGAGCUGGCAGCAGCCGUAAAAGCAGCAGUAUCCGCUAGAGGCCGGGCAUCUACUCUUACAAAGUCGAAGAAGAAGAGCAGAAAGAGCAAGGCCAACUCGAUAUCAAAGGGUGCUGAUGAGAACGAUUCCAAGAAGGUUGUUGCUAACAAAUCCAACUGGGGCCCCCUUGAACCGGCUAGAAGCCUAUUGGAGCCACUCUUGGAUAUCUUGAAGCCGGCGAUGACGGGCAAUGUCAUGUACGGGUUGCUCGUUGGUCUGUUGGUGGCUUCAUGGUUUGGGUUUGGGUUUUCACCGAAUCGAUACCCGAACCAGUUCAGCAGAGAAUCGGACAUGUACGGGUCGGACCGAAUGAGCGCCUUUGAAGAAAUGUGGCGACGAGAGGAUAGCCAGCUGUGGGACUGGCUUGAGGAACGAUCUGGGCUCGAGCGCUUGGGUUCGGAGGCUUUGCAGAUCCGAAAGCGCGCCAUGGAGCCACAAUCGGUCGAGGAGAGGUUGCGAGAGGCUCGCAUGGAUGAGCGAGACGUCCAAGAGGCCAUCCGAGUGACGGAGGAAAAGCUAAAAAUUCUACGUCAAGUCGUGAGCCACGGCAAGCAAGACGUGGCUAGCGAUGGACCAGUUUAA